AAUCGUACCAAGUCUAUCGACGCGUAUUCAUCGUCGUGUUUUGUUUGCAUUAACACUGAGACAGUUGACACCUGAUGCUUCUGCCGAUUGUUUGUGUUUGUAUGUGUUCAAGUAUUGAAAAUACGGUGUGUGCGGCUAAACCGAAACGUUUGACAUAAAUCACCAGAGACCAUAGAGCGCGAUAAGUGAACACACAAUACCAAAUAGUGCGACACAACAGACGGCGCGAAAUCAAAACAAAAGAACCCUAACCUAUCAAAAAUAAGAAGGAAUUAGUGCGGCUGUCGUCGCACGGCAAAGUCGACAUCGAGCUCUAGAGAGCUAUAAUUUGCCAAAUGAUAUUAAUUGUUCACCCGACAUUGGUUCAUUCGCACAAAUGAAUCUUCAAACGAUGUUCAUUUGAAGUUGAAAAAAGAGUUUCCAUUCGAAUUUUUCGGUUCAAGAUGGAAAAGAAAAAACCAGUGCGUAUGUCCACGUGAUUGACUCGAUUUAGACGUUUAGUGGUAAACGCGAGCAUUUCGCAUGCUUCAAUUCAUGACGAUUAUUAUCAAAGUCGUGUUAAAAAGUGUUUAUUUUUUGUUGUUGUUCAUUCCGACAUUAUCAUCAGGGAACGCGAAUCAAUUUACUGAACAAAUCGUUGCUACUAUCGUCGGUGUUCGCUGCUAGAGAACGAAAAAAAAAAUCCAGUAAAACUGUACCAUAUCAAUAUUAUUUACAUAAAUAUAAAUAUGUUAUCUGGAUCGUUGUCUAAAUUCGUUCAGCACUUUAUUGUGAUUUUCAAUUAUCGACAGCUACCCAAAACUGGAUGAAUAUUUAGUGAUUCAGUUGACGCAAAGAGUGAAAGAAGUGUGUGUCCAACUAAAGGCAAAACCACUGUCAAUAGCAACACGAUUAAUUCCAGUUCAGAAUUCAUUUUCGUUCUUUGUUUUUUUCCGUGUGAAAAUAGAUCUUUAAUUUCACAGAACUGUGUUAAUUAUUAGAAUCAAGUGGUGCUCAUUGUGACAAUGGCAAAUGUUGCUCAUUGCGACCAUAAAACAAAGGUCAGUGAAGACAGGGAAUCGGUGCGUUAAAUUCCAUGAAAUACUGAUAUCGCCAGACGGAACUGUUUUUGUUCCAACGAGAGAGAAGAAAAAAAAAGAUAAAUGAGUCGUCGAUUGUGAUUUGAAUGCCAUUGUCAAUUCAAUCGAGUACGGUAUCGAUUGCACUUUCCACAACCAUUUUCCCCCUUCAGUUGAAUAUUAACAGUGAUUUUGAUCAAAUUUUAAAAUACUGUGCGGUUUUUGAGUGCGCACAUUUUGAAAUGUUCCAUGCUGAAAAAAACUUCGCUUGAAAUAGAUAAAAUAAAGCCGGAAUAAAAAACAAAACAGAAAAAAACCGCCGGCGUGAGAGGGAGAGAAGCACCUCCGUGCGAGAAACACAUCGUUGUUGUACAAAUACUAUGCGGUUGUUUGAAUGUUUGCCGUUGGAUCGUGUUCAGUGAUCAGGUGUACGGCGAUGGAGUAGCGUAAAAUAAAAAACGGGAGACAGCGUGUGUGCGAAAGAGAAUACGAGCAAAAAAGAAUCCGUCCUCACAUGAGUGCGAACACGGCUGAGAGAACGAAUAAAAUAAUAAGCAUGGAAAUUGUGAUAAAAAUUCGGACCUAAUGGUAUCGCAUAAAUUAUAAUCGUUACCCGUGUUCCAUUCGGCUGCCGAUUUGCUGUGAUCGCACUCCAGAAGACUAUAAAGAAAAACCAAAAUUCACAAUUGCAAAUGACAAAUGCGCGAAAUCAAACCAAUUUGUGUCUUUUUUUUUGCAUUAUGUCGAUCAAAGUAAAUUAUAUGGUAAUUAAAUCGUUACUUUGCAGAAUCAAAUAAAUUGUGCAUGGCCCGAAAUUAAAUCUUUAGUCGCGCACAAAAUUAGUGAUUAAUCGAGUCAAAAGCGUUAUAGUUCCUAUGCAUCGUUUAGUCAACGUUCAAUCGAAAUGUGAUCAACUGUUUUUUUUUUAUUAACAUUAACGAGCUAGUUUAAAACGGGAUUUUUCUUCUUGUUGUAAAUUAAAGUGUGUUGUUUGUAUUCGUUUAAAUUGUGGAUAGAAUCUAUGUUUCAAGUGUUGAAAUAUCAUAAAUGUUGAGUGUUUUUCAUCGAUAAAUACGUGAAGGAGCAAAAAAAAUAACGUUCAAAAUGUACGCAAGAUCACCGAGAAUGGACACACUACAAGUGCCACUGACAAGGCCCAUAAAAAUUCAACCGAUGGAUGCUUCAUUUUCUGUGGUGUCCGACGACGAUGACGAAUGUGGACUAGGAUAUCAAAAUACACUGAUGUACGGCCGGUACUCGAAGGAUCUGGGAGAAUAUGCCAAAAAUGAAGCGAGAAAACUUAAAAUGCUUGAGCGCCGCCGAAAGAUGGAGGAUAAAGCCAGGAAUAGAGAACUGUAUGGAAAACGAUCAAGUCGUUUUGUCAGGCUGUUGCUCUAUCUCUGGAAGAAUUCGUUCGCACGAUUGGGCGAGGAUUGGGUGUAUUUGGCUUUAUUAGGAAUUAUUAUGGCACUUUUAUCCUACAUUAUGGAUAAAGGUAUUUCAAUGUGCACAAAUGCCAGAAUCUGGUUAUACAGGGAUCUAACGUCGCAGCCAUACGUACAAUACUUUGCAUGGGUAUCGUUGCCGGUGUGUUUGAUUCUGUUCUCGGCUGGAUUUGUGCAUCUCAUCGCACCGCAGAGCAUUGGCUCGGGAAUUCCCGAAAUGAAAACCAUUCUCAGAGGAGUGACAUUGAAAGAGUAUCUAACAUUCAAGACGUUGGUAGCCAAAGUGAUUGGUUUGACCGCAACUUUAGGAAGUGGAAUGCCACUUGGAAAAGAAGGUCCAUUCGUACACAUAGCUAGUAUAGUUGCCCAGCUGCUGAGCAAAAUGGUGACAUCGUUUCAAGCGAUCUACGAGAAUGAAUCACGGCACUGUGAAAUGUUGGCCGCUGCAUGUGCAGUCGGUGUUGGAUCAUGUUUCGCCGCACCCGUUGGAGGAGUACUGUUUAGCAUUGAGGUAACAACGACCUAUUUUGCGGUUCGUAAUUAUUGGCGUGGCUUUUUUGCCGCUGUUUGUGGUGCAACGGUAUUUCGUCUGUUGGCCGUUUGGUUUCAGAAAGCGGAAACUGUUACAGCUGUGUUUGCCACCGAUUUUGCAUCCGAAUUUCCAUUUGAUCCACAAGAACUGUUUGUGUUCGCGCUCAUGGGAUUUGUCUGCGGAUGUUUGGCUGCAUUUUACGUUUGGGUUCAUCGACAAUACGUCAUGUUCAUGCGAUCCAACAAGAAAAUGAACUUGUUUUUGCAGAAAAAUCGCUUUUUGUACCCUGGCAUUGUGGCUCUGAUUGUAUCAUCGAUUUCGUAUCCUUUGGGAACGGGCCGAUUCAUUGCGGGAGAGUUGAGCACACAUGAGCAAGUGCAUGAAUUGUUCACGAAUUUCACAUGGACAGCUGAUGAACUGACAGUCGAACAAGCAACCAUCGUGAAUCAUUGGAGCACCGAAUACACAGACAUUUUCUUUCAUCUGUCCUCUUAUUUACUUUUUACGUUUGUUUUUUCGAUUAUUGGAUCAACUAUACCAGUUCCCAGUGGAAUGUUCAUUCCAGUAUUCAAAAUUGGAGCAUCUCUGGGUCGAAUGGUUGGUGAAUCAUUACAUUUAUACUUUCCGUUGGGCAUUCGAUACGGUGGCCACAUCUCACAAAUUAUACCAGGUGGAUAUGCUGUGGUUGGAGCGGCUGCAUUUUCCGGUGCUGUAACGCAUACAGCGUCUACGGGUAUUAUUGCAUUUGAAAUGACAGGUCAAAUAACCCAUUUAGUGCCAGUCAUGAUAGCCGUUCUCAUCGCCAACGCAACUGCUGCAUUGCUACAGCCAUCCAUUUACGAUAGUAUCAUUUUGAUUAAGAAAUUGCCAUACCUUCCCGAUUUGUUGCCAUCGGCCAGUGGAAUGUACAACACUUUCGUAGAAGACUUCAUGGUGCGCGAUGUGAAAUUCAUUUGGCAAACAAUUAGCUAUCAAUCACUGAAGAAUGUUCUAAAGAAGAAUAAGCAUUUGCGAAGUUUACCAUUGGUUGAUUCGCCCGACAAUAUGAUUUUGUUGGGAUCAGUGCAGAGACACGAACUGAUCAAAAUGAUCGACAAACACAUCGGUCGUGAGAAGCGUUUGGAAGUGGCGGCCAAAUGGCAGAAGGAAGCUGAAGAUCGAGCACGCGAAGAGUAUGAAAAGCGGCAAAAAGAAUUUGAGGAGCGAAAUAAAAGUCGUCGAUCAUCUCGAUUUGAAGUAGUGCCAGCGCCAGAUGUGUCCAAAUUACGUGAGUUGGCCAACAAUGAAAUGUUACCGCCGCAGGCGAAAAAAGCCAAAGAAACCCUACACAAUCCAAAUCUUGGAUCAUUUCCACGCAAAUCGAUUUUGAAAAAGACAAAUUCAUUCAAUUUAAGAGGUUUUACACCGGUUUUAUCGUCGAGCCCAUCCCAUACACCAUAUUCAACGAUAACUGCUGCUGAAAGCAGGCUACGGUCAGCAUUUGAUAUUAUAUUCAAAAAAUCGGCCACUUUGCAGGACGUUCAUCCUGAUGAAACAAACACUGAAAAUGACACAAACCACACAGAACAGCCGCCAUCGGGCAUUUCAACACCAACCAGCAGCACUCCCAUCCCAAUCGAUACUAUUUCAUUUAGCCCGAAUGUUUCGAAGAAAGUUCAAUUGCCACGAGAACGCGUCAUCGACAUGUCACCGGAGGAUCAAAAGAUAUGGGAAGCUGAAGAAAUGGCCAAACCAAUUGAUUUGGAAGGUGCCAAAGUGAAAAUUGAUCCGUCUCCAUUCCAAUUGGUGGAACGAACAUCUAUUUUAAAAGUACACAGUUUAUUUUCAAUGAUAGGCAUCAAUCAUGCAUACGUGACCAAAAUCGGAAAACUCGUCGGAGUGGUCGCACUGAAAGAGCUUCGCAAAGCCAUUGAGGAUGUGAAUAGUGGUAAUUUGACAUCAAACCAAGCGAAUCCAACCACCGCAUCGACUGAAAAGCCGCCGUUGCAACCUCAAGAAGUGCCACUUCUUCAGAAUGAAAAUGAAAAAGACGAAAAAAGUGAAAAGAAUAACCAAAACACUGUGAAUUCAAUGGAUUCAGCGUUGUCAAACUCGGACAAUUGCUCUGACGUUGAAUUGGGCAAUCCAGUGGAGUAUAAAAUGGAACCAAAGCAGAAUUUAUAAAUUAUUUCAAUAUCGAUGUUAACGUUCAUCUCGACACAGCUCAUUUAUGGAUUUUUGUUUUAAGUUUUAAGUUUUGACAUUUUAUCGAAUUGCUGUUUAUUUUUAUAAUUAAUAACAAAAUUGUGUGUUUGAACAAAAGAGUUAAAUUGUAUACGUUGAGAUACUAGUGUGAUUGAUUCAUUGUAAGACUUUUUUCCCUUGCCGGUUCAGGUUUAUUGUGAUUUUACAGGAAAGUGAAAAGCUAACCAACUCAACGCGAUCAAAUCGCAAUUAUAAAAACAAAGCGGAGUCCUCGUGAAUUUCAUUUUUAAUAUGUGCCAGGCAAUGACUGUGGCCAGAAUUCAAAAACAAAUUUGUUUCAGUCUUUGACAAAUUUUAUAAAUAUAUUUUAACGCUAGUGCUUUUCAGAUCGCUUUAAGCUUCUUUUAAAUAGGAUAAAUAAACGAAAUUAUUGAAAUUA